UCCCCAAACAAUCGACAUUCGAUAGUCUGGCAGUUCGCCAUUUUGUACUGUGAAAGUGAGUGAUGCGUAUGAAGUGAUUUAUACAAAGUUUUCGUUCAAAUAGUGCAAAUUAUGAGGUGUUAUACCUGUAAAAGAAACUAUUUACAUUAGCAAUGUUCAAAUAAAUCUUAGAAUUUAGAAUUUUCGCUUGUCCAAUCGGAUGGUUAUCUGUGAUAUUUAACAUUAAAAACAGCUUUCAAGAUGAGUUCCUCAGAGGAGAUAAAGGCUGAGUAUAUGUCCAGUUUGGCAGACCUUACCUUCAACAGUAGGCCAUUGAUAAAUGUGCUUACGAUGUUGGCAGAAGAAAACUCACCCAAUGCCCCUGUUAUCGUUGAAGCAAUUGAAGAACAUCUCUCAAAGGUCAAUACUGAUGUCAAACUUCCCAUUCUCUAUCUGAUUGAUUGCAUAGUGAAAACUGUUGGAGGCAUUUACACAUCGUUGUUCAAUCACAAUAUAGUGAACAUGUUCAUAGGAGUUUUUAAAGCAAAACUUGUUAAAGAUACUCACAAAAACACUCCAUUCAAGGUUGACGAAAAAACACGAGCGGAGAUGUUUAAAUUGCGGCAGACAUGGAAUGAGGUGUUUCCCCAAAUGAAACUAUACGCCAUAGAUGUGCAGAUCAGUCUUUUGGAUCCAGCAUGGCCCGUGACUGCCAAACCUCCGUCCAACAGCAUACAUUUGAAUCCCAGAUUUCUUAAAAAUGCGCCUCCUUCUUCAACGCCAACAAUUAAAACAGAACCCGAAAGCAGUCCCUCUGAUUCAGCUUCUCCUUCUGUUAACAAAGAGACUCUUAUAAUGCAAGAACAGUUGAUCCAGAAGCAGAGGGAAUUGUUGGAGUUGCAACAGAAGAAAUUAGAGUUGGAAGUGCUACAAACAAGGGUGAAGCUUCAGGAACAAUAUAAGAACAAUCAGCCACAGACUGGUCGUCCUCAUAAUAUUCUCUUGAAGCCAGAAGUAGCAAAACAGCUAGUCCCAUCCCUGGCCCAACAUAAACAAAAUCUAGUGAAUACUGCAAUGGUUCAACAAUUGGCCCAGCCCCAAGCUGCACCCACUAAUGGCACAAAGAUAAACCCAGUGAGCAGUGCCCUCAUUAACGCCAAACCUAUAAGAGAUCCAAGACUCUUGAGGCAGCAACAGAAAAGAGACCAGACGCCUUCAGCUGACGGUAAUCUUGAAAAUCAGUUACAUCAAAGGACUGCUUUAUUAGAAACUAAUAAAAUUGUAUCAAAUAAAAAUAGUGUUCGUAAACAUCGAAAUGAUCCUCGGUUAAUCAAUAAAGAUGAUACCUCUAACCAAAGAUCAGAUUCCUCUAAACCUAACCACUCAUCCAAAUCCCGUAGCUCCGAAUCCGCACACCACAAAUCCCAUAAGACAUCCAGGUCUUCUUCUCAAAGAGGCCAGGAUACGUCCUCCCUCAAAUCUAGCUCUAAUUCUGUUAGCAUAGAUUCAUCUAAAGUUAAAAGUGAUCUAGUGAAAUCUCCAGUUAAGAAUAAAAAGAAGGAAAAGAGUGAUAGGCGACCUCUCAGCCGUGAAAAGCCUGGUAAAAAUGACAGUUCUCCUGUUAGUAAUAGCACCACGUUCAAAAAUGUUAGUAUGGCGAUGAAGAACCGUAAUUAUGUGAGGAAAAAGGUGGGCAGUGCGAGUCCGGAGGCUGUAAAGGAUGAGGAUCUGCGAUCUUUCGGGCCACCUGAAAAGCAGCCUAGGCUAGAAAGUGACUCGAACGAUACAAUAUCUGCAGCUCCAGUCUCGAAAGCAGUAGAACCAUUACCUGUUGCAGUGAUGCCUCCAUCAGCGACAAUGGCUCCAAAAACGCAGUCAACUAUUCUUCCAACCUCUGCAAAGGAUCAGGAUGUGGAUCUUCGUCAGUUACCGGCAAUGGUGACUAAAAAGAGAUCUUCAACAGAAAUCUCUGAAGAUGUAUCAAUGCCAGCCAAGAAGACUAAGACACAAAUAUUUGACAAAUUGUUUGGAGACGAAGAUACAGAUCUAAGGCAACAACUUGCCAUUAAUACCGAACAACGGCCGAAAACUCCACCUCCACCGAUUAUAUCGGUAUCAGCUACCGAAACCAAAACUGCUUCACCAAAAAUGGGCUCUCCAAAGAGUAAUUUUGAUGCUGUUAGAGCUAAGCUUGCAAAUGCAACAAAUCGGGAUAAGGUGCUAUCCAAAUCAUAUAAGAAAAAACCAAAAUUAGAGGACCAAGACUUGAGGCCGCAAGCAACCACUGGUUCUCCCCAUAAAACCAAAAUCAUCAUCUCGCCAGAAGAAGAGACCAGUAUUAAGUCCGGCAAAAUGACAAACGAAGAAGGUUCAGAACUUUUGAACAGAAUUAUUCUACAAGUCGAAAAACGAAAAUUAAAAGAAGCCAAGAGGAAAGAUCAUGAGGAGUCAUUCAAUGUUUCACUGCAACCAAUCAGCGAUGACGAUCUUAGCGAUACUGAAUUGGAGAAAGAAGAAACCAAUACAGAGGGGCCUGUUGAUGCCGUUAUGUCAAAUGAAAGCGUUCCUGAACGUCCACCGAUCAGUGAAGAGAGCCUCAUACCAUUUAAAGAUAAAGAUGAAAGACUGAAUUCUGGCCCUCCUCCACCUCCAAGUGAAUUUGUUGGACACUUUUUCCCUAGAGAUGGAAGAGAUACUAGGCGUUUUCCGGGACCUCACUGGCGAGGUCGUGGGGGAAGACGUUGGGAACCCAUACAACCGAUGAUGUCUGCAAGACCUUGGAACUCAAAUAAUUGGGCUCCAGUUGAAGAAUUUACACCAGCGCUCGAGGAAAUGGAACCUAUCUUUCCCAAUGGACAUGUUAAUGCUGAUGAGGUCAAGUCGAUCACUAUUGAUAGCGUUUCUAGGGAUAUCAGGUUUUACGGGGAAACAGCUAUUGUAUUCAUUGGUUGGGACGACCCCAGAGAGUUGACAUUCCAAAAUGCAGGCGUGAGAAAGAUUACCUUCAACGACAAGGACAGUUUUGUGCUGAACUUCAACGAUGAUUAUAAAGAAGUUUACUGCAAUGGAAAUUCACAUAUUGUGCGGUUGGGUGCUCCAAGCAGAGAACUCUUCAUCGACAAUGUGCCAUAUGAGUGUUUCUUUGGUAGUCCUGGUAUCCGAAUCGAACUGGAUGGAGUACCCACCAAGGUUCAUCUUGAGGGGCCUCCACCACCUGUGAAUAUUGGCAAAGUGAAAAGGUGUGAUCUCGUUGCGGGCAAAAUAAAUAUGUUUGUCGAUGCCAUACAUGUUGUACCCGUGUUUUUAGACGCUAAAGUUCAAAAAUUUGUUCUACAAGGUCAGACAAGUACUCUUAAAUUUGUAGAUGCAUUAAAAACUGUUUUAAUAAAUGAUGUACCUUUUGAUAUUGAAUAUGGUGGUCUCCCUAAACCUUUAUUUAUCCAUGGUAAAAAACAUUUUGUAAGAUUUUCAGUUCUACCUAGAGAUAUUAGGCCAGGCAAAGUUAGGCUGCUCGAUAUGGACUUUCCUGAAGAUACAAGGGCGGCAGAUGAGAAUAGCCAGGAUGUACCACUUGUUACGGACGCAUAUGAUCCUGCUAUGCCUAUCUCCGGAACAAUGGACAAACCUGUGGGUAGUGAUUCUCCAGAUAGAAAUUCAAAUUCUCCAAAUUCUGUGUUGAAGUCUAUACAACAAAAUAACUUAGACGUCCUCUCCAAUGCACUUUCAUCCAGUACAGGUCCAGCGCCGGUUUCAGGAGGCUAUCAAAUAGAAAACCAGAACUCACAAGACUCUCAGGCUAGUUCCCAACCAUUUACAACGCUACCUCCAAUUUUGAAUAUCAACGAAAUAUUCCAAAAUCUAGUAGCUUCUGGAUUAGUAAAGUCAUCACCACCAAGUAAGCCAGUAGAAGAGCCACCUAAAGUGGUAGAAUCGCCUAAGAAGGAAAUGAGAAUUGAGCCUGAAGUACCUGCCGCUACUAGUACUCCAAACGUAGCGCCCUCAAAACUUAAGAAAACCGUAUUGAGCCUGAAACCAGUCACUUUUAACAGGCCAGAAACGCUGAGAGUACGCCAAAACAGCCUAUAUGCAAUGUUAUAUUCUGGUAUGCAAUGCAGUACUUGCGGCAUGAGGUUCUCCCCAGAAGCUAGUAUGUUAUAUAGUCAACACUUAGAUUGGCAUUUUCGUCAAAAUAGAAGGGGGAAACGAAACAGUAGAGUUGCCACCAGCAGGAGAUGGUAUUAUUCUUUAGCUGAUUGGAAGAAUUAUGAAGAAUUGGAAGAUCUUGAAGAAAGAGAGAAAAACUAUUUUGAUGAGCAAAAACAAGCCGAGGGUGGUAAUGAAGACGCCGAGGAAGAAGUAGAGGUUCCAAGUGUCGCUGCAGAUCCUGAUUCUACGGAUGAAUGUUGUAUGGUGUGCAGAGAAAAAUUCGAUCAAUUCUUUAAUGAAGAAAAAGAGGAAUGGCAUUUGAGGAACGCAAUAAGGAUGGAGAAUAAGACUUAUCAUCCUGUUUGUUAUGAAGAUUAUCAGAAUUCCCUUCUGGAACAGACGUUAGACGAAUCUAAAGCACCAGAAGAAAUCGAACAACCGCAGGAAGAAAGUGUAGAAAAAAUUAUCCCCGGUCUGGAAAUCAUCAUCGAUGAUGAUGAUGAUAUUCCUGAAGAAGUGAACGGACCUUUAUCUAAUGAAAUAUUAUCUGUCGAAAGCGAUGAUUCUAAAUUGGUGCCAGAAGCUACUGAAAUGCCGGAAUAUGAGCAACAAGAAGCAGCCGCCGAGGGAGAUGAUGAUGACGAUGUUAUUUUGAACGAGGUGGCUCCUAUCAAAAUUGUCGUUGACGAUGAUGACGACGAGAUUGCGGGAGAAAGAACGAAUGUAGCAUCCCCUCCUCCAGCGAUGGAUACAGAAGAUGAUGGAUUUGUGGAGAUCGCUGGACUGCUUAGUUUGCCGAAUGGAAAACAUGUUAAAAUUAAAGCAGAACCCGUCGAUAAAGAAGACAUUCCUACAACGCCCGUUGCAGAAGAUCUCUCAACCCUAACCGUGGAAAGUUCUGAUCUGGAAAUCGUGGAGCCUAAACCUACCCAACAUGACGUCGCCUCCUCGUUAGACGGCAACGCGGAUCCCUUCUCCGGCGUUACCGCCGUGGGAUCGGCAGCCCUAGGCGGUAAUAAAAUUAAAAUUAAUAUUAGUAAACCAUUGCCUGUGAUAAAUAAAGAAAAAGAAAAUAAUUUAGGAAAUGAUUUAGUUCCAUCUGAAACUUAUAUCGAUCCGUUCGAGCCCUUUCCACCCGGGGAAGAACCGCAACCGGCUGCGCUCAAGACUGCCCUUAGGAGUGCUAGGUUGUCAAAGCUUCCUCCGGUGAGGAAAGGGACCGAGCUGACCGGCUUGUGUUCUCUAAUGUGAUUUGUGGGUUUUUUAUGACUCGCGUACUUUUUUUUGUAAAUAUUACAGUGUACUAGACGAUUGGACGGACAAGUUUGUACGGAACUAUGGGUUACAGGGUGCAUCAAAUAAAAACAGGGCUUGUUUCUUCAAAAGUUCUAGUCAAAAUGAAUUCAUGAAAUUAAAUUUUUUUAUUAUAUUGUAAUUGGAAUAGGAUGGACAUUCUAGCGGUUUCUGAUCUAUCGCAUGUGAUUUUCUCGUAAUUUUAGAUAUUUUAAGAAUUGAUAAUUAAUAAUUUAUUAUCUUGAUUUUUCCUCCAAUUUGUGUUUCAAAAAUAUAUAUUAUCAUUUCUAUAUAAACUUUGUAAAACUAAUAAAUUUUGUCAUAAGUAACGGUGUUGCUUAAAAACCGCUAUCCAAAUUUAAAAUUCCAACGAUUUUGCUCAAAAACCUCGAUCCAAAUCUAUAAUUCCUCGAAUUAAAAAAAAUCAUGAUUGGGGGUCGCUUUGAUUUACCCUUGUAUAUACUUACACAAUGAAUCGUUAAGAUUAUCCAUUAUUGGGUACAUAAUCUUAUUCCUUCGUUUUAAACAUUUCAGUAUACAGUUUACUAAACCUUUAAAAUGAGUUUUAGUGAUUAAUAAUACCAUUAGUACACUUUUCUUAAAUUUUCAAAGCUUUGUUAUAGAAGUUUUGUUUGGGCUAUUAUUUUAUAUUGGUAAUUUUUCUUUUUAGUUCCGUACAAAUAUGCAAAUAAGUGAGAAAAAUCAACUUUUAAACAGAACAAGAUAAUAUUGGAGUAUAAUCACUCUAAAAUUGGACAAAUCAAAUUGCUCUGUUUAUCAGUUAUAACGGGUUGUCUGGAAAGGGAUUUCAUAGUUUUUCUAUUUAACAUAUUAUUCUUUAAAAUUAUAUUCAAAAUUCAAAAUUUUAUUAUUUUAGAUGAUUCUGUAAUUUGCCUUGAAAAAUCUCAAUUCGGAAUUGUGCUCCUGUAUUUUUCGGGUAAUUUAUUAAAAAAUAAUACCCUUGGUGUAUCAUUGGGCAGCUUAACUCAGUUGUUAAUUAUUUUAGUCGGUUGAUUUUAUAAUUUUAAACUUAUUAUUCUAGCUGAAAAACUAUGAAAACUCUUUAAGGCAUCCGUAUGUAAAUGAAAUUCUGUAAAUAGUGGUAUAAAUAAUUUAUUUUAUUUUAUAAGGUGCGAUAUAAUAUUACUUUUUCGUAAAAUUUAUACAUUUAAUAAAGAAUUGCGCCCUUUCCUGGGCAAAGUUAUUAUUUUGUUUGAUAAAUAAUCGAACUUGUUAUUUGUUGAAAAUAAAUAUUUUUUAAAACUUGUGUGUAUAUAAUUUGGAUCGGAACAUUGUGGGACGAACGUGUAAGGGUGAUCCUUGUUUUCUUUAAGGACUUUUUUAGUAUAAUAGUUUGUAUAUAGAUAAUGUGGUAAAUCAAUAAAUUUAGUCAAAUUUAA